GAACUGCGCAUGCGUAACGGAAAAACUGUCGCGUCAAAAUAGGUAGUGACGCAUGCAGCGUGUUUAGUGGUGCCGAAAGUAACAGUACAAAACUGCAAAACUCUAAAAGUCAGAUCAAAUAUAGAUACAAAGAAAUGAUAAUUUAGCUUUGUUCUCAGAGAACGAUGAAAGUUACGGCAAGCCAGGCAGAGAUCCCUCAGAAAGCCGCAUCAAACUUGAGAUAUGAACAGUGAUUCAGAGAUGGUGGAUGAUUGGCUAACAGCCAAACAAGAUACCUUGGACACAUCAGAUGAAGAGCUGAACGAUGACCUUUUGCGUAGCGAUGAAGAGAACGAAACUAUGAGAUGUCACAACGAAAGCAUUUCUCAACCAAAGCGGCAGGCAAUUGCAAAGCCUUUCCUUGUGUGCGGGACCUCACAUCUUGUUAAAGAACAAGCCACAUGUGCUGAAGAAGAGCAGACCGAGAUAAAGGUGGACCCUGGUGAAGUUUUAGACAUUGAAAUCAAUGCUCCUUCUGGAGAUGAAUUUCAAGAUGUUGGUGAAUGCAGUGAUCAUCAUCAGACCAACAUAGUGAAAGAUUGUGAUUUAAAAGUGCUGUGCACAUCGUCCAUACAGGAAUCAAGUAAGAGUGAAACGGAGUUUCGUGAGGAUCACAUGCACUCCUGCACGGGACUGCCUGCACCAGAAGAGACCCUCGCCAGACACUGCUGCAGUCCUGAGCCAAGGUUCCCAGGACAGCAUAUGUUUGAUCAACAACACCCUGCUUCAGUCCUGGACACUAAUCCGCCUUUCACUGGACCGACUCCCAAGGGCUUCCUUCAGCCUCCAGCAUGUGAGAGUGACCCCUGGAGGCCCAGUACAACUUUGCAAGGGCCCACCGAUCUUCACCCCGCACACGACCCUCUCCAAAAUCAUCAAUUAGCUCAGUCUGUCCUCCCCUUUACUGCUCCUUCUGGACCUCGGGCACAGAAACCCGCUGUGCUGGUACGAGCCGUUGUCAGGAUGGGAUCGAGUGCCAAGCCCGUGGCUGUUGCCAGGGGGAUGCCCAUUGCUGCAAGGCAGCCAGCAAGCGCCAAGUCUACAAUCUCUGCCAAAACUCCAUCAGCGCCAGGGAUGAUGGGAAGGCAUGUAGGUCAAAAGGUCGAGGAGGAGCCCCAAACUCCUUCAGCUCCUCAAAAACUCCCUGCGAAGCAACUAAACAUCAAAAACAAUGAAGUGUUUGGUGUUGAAGAUGAGUUGUAUAGGCAGAAGCUGAAGAAUCAGAUACAACUGAGGAAGAAGAUCAUCAGAGAGAAGGAGCAGAGGAGACGUUUGCGGGCCAUCAACAGCAAUCAGCAUCAACGAAAACACCCAUUCGGUCCUCCUGCUUCAAACGUCCAGCAGACGAACCCGAAAUCUUGCUUUCAAAAGAUUACGUACCAGUCGCCAUCCCGCAAUCCCUCUCUCGGUUCUGAUCUCAAUUGCCAUCCAGAAUACCAGCCCCUGCCUCCACUGCAGCAUCAGUACCAUGCUUCAGUGGCAACACCUCAGCCGCCAUGGCAACAAGCUCCAGUGGCCCGACGCUGGGUGCCAGAGCUGCGGUACAAUCGCCCACAUCAACAGAGCACAAACAGGGCGGUGUUGCCAGAUCACAGGAAGCUUUGCCGCAGCAGUGCAUGGCAAUCACAAGCACAGGACGUUUGGGAAGGAGGGAUGAGGAUGCUAGAGAUGACAGAUUGUGAUACGCCUGUUCCUGACAAAAUUGGAGUGGUCAGACACCGUAACCUAGGUGCUAGACAAGAGAGUACAAGUUCCAAUCUCACACCACAGAUGAGUAGAGAGUCCAGUUCAGUGAUUGAAACUAAGUCCAGAGUUGUCACCUUCACAACACCCAAUUCAUCUCUGCAAGGUCCAAGACUGCGCUGCCACAAACGCAGAAGAUUGUCCACCCUAAACCAGUUCCAGCACAAGGUGCCAGUCGGAAAAAACCAAAGCCGCGCUUUCAUACCCUUCAGUUCCGGCCUGAGAACAGAGUCUGUUGAUGCUCAAAGCAAUGUCAACUUCAUAAGUGUUUCUCAACCAAGGGAGCUAGCCUGGGACCUCAACAUGACUUGGUUAUGUAAAAUAAGACCGAACAAGCAUUAAUAUAUUGUAAUAAUA